AUGGGGAUGCUCACGAGAGCCAAGAAGAGGAGGCUGGAACAAGAGGAAGAGCGCCUCGCCGUCGCCGACCGGAUCAGCAGCCUUCCUGACGACGUCCUCGGCGACAUCGUCUCCCUCCUCCCCACCAAAGACGGCGCCCGCACCCAGGUCCUCUCCUCCCGCUGGCGCCACGUAUGGCGCUCCGCUCCUCUCAAUCUCGACCUCCACGCCGACGACACCGAUGGCCGCGGCAUCCUCGCCAGCGAUAUCUCCCGCAUCCUCUCUGCGCACCGUGGCCCCGGCCGCCGCUUCGUCAUGCCUCGCCACUACAAGCACAAGCACAAGGAGUAUCCCACUCCCACCACCCCGGCGACCAUGGAUGGCUGGCUCCAGUCUUCUGCCCUCAACAACCUCCAGGAGCUCGAGUUCUUCGGCAACGUUAUUCUUCAGCGGCCGCCAUGGAUGUACCGCUUCUCGUCUACCCUUGGUGUUGCUAGAUUUGGCUUCGGUGGCAGCAGCUUCCCGGAUGGAAUAAUCGGAAACAAUGCCAGCGCGCUACGCUUUCCUCUUCUCCGGCAGAUGACCCUUUUGAAUGUCAGCAUCUCAGUGAGCUCCCUGCAUGCCUUGCUCGCCGGCUGCCCUAUCCUGGAAAGCUUGCUAAUUCACGAGUUGGGCCACCCUCGACUAUCGUCUAUCGGUUAG